AUGACUGGUGACUCGAGCUCACCAUUUGCUUUCUACGCUUUUGACCAGCUUUACUGUGUUUUGAAAUCCGAUUCGGGACCCAAGCUUUCAUUUGAUGCAAUAAGACAGUUAUUUCCAAGUUACGCGAUAGAAGGCAAGAGAACAGAUGAAAAAACGUCUCUUUUCAUCACCUGGAAGAAACGUUCGGGAAGUAGCAGAGAUGGUGUUUUGCGUGGAUGUAUUGGGACUUUUGCCAAACUUCCUCUUUUGAAGGGAAUCGAAAAGUACUCUCUUGUUGCAGCGCUACAGGAUCACAGAUUUCCCCCGAUUACAGAAAAGGAGUUGCCGAAACUGACAUGUAGUUGUAACAUCCUUCAUAGCUUUCACGCUAUCUUCAGUGAUGGGAAGGGUGAUAUAUUCAAUUGGGACCUAGGUACUCACGGUAUCGAACUCACUUUUAGAGAUCCUAGCAGCAAUCGUAUCAUGAGUGCUACGUUUCUCCCUGAAGUGAUGCCCGAACAGCAUUGGGACAAGAGGGAUACCUUCAGAAACCUUAUCGAAAAGGCUGGCGUUUGGAAGGAUGUCGAUUCCUUGAUGAAUCACUACGAAGACUAUUUCAUCGAAGUUAUUCGCUACGAGGGCGACAAAAGUCAAAUUGGAUUCGAUGAAUUUAAGCGCCUACGUGAUGGUGUUUAA